CGCGGGGUUAUCAACGUUACCCAUCCACAUUGAAAAACGACCACGAAAGAAGGACUCGCGAAAGAAGAGAACUGCAGAUACAAGUUACAACCGGGAGGAAAUAAUCGCGUGGCUUGGCCUACGUUAUCCAGGAUCUUCGUAUUGGAAUGCUUCAGCCACGUGAAUUCAUCACAACUCGCCCAGAGUUUCGAUUGGUACAAGCGGCAUAAGGGGUAUUGGAGUAAAUACAAAGAUAUACACGAAUGGUCGAUAUUUUUAAUCCGGAGUUUGAAACCUUACGCAUCACUAGCCCUUCUCACCGGAACCCAUACGUCCGUAAGGCGGCUGUGACACGCAGACCUUGCAUACACCAACCUGCAACAAGUCAUCCACUUAGCAAUGUCUGAUCCCGGGUAUCAUGCAAAUUUUGUCCACGGAACCACGCAUUCCUCUCCACCAGUUACGGAAAAGGCAUCACCCAACUCACAACCACGCACCCGUCGCCGAAAUCGUCUGAUCACAUCUUGCCUUGAGUGUCGACGUCGCAAACUCAAGUGCGACAAAAUUCAGCCAUGUUGCAAUUGUACCAAGGCCUGUCGUUCCUGCCUGUUCAUCGCUCCAGGCCUCGACCCGGAAGCCCAAGCGAAACUUGCAGAAGUCAAAGAGAAGAUGGGAAUUCUGGAGCGAAGUCUGGAAGACGAUGUAGUGCGAGGAAGCCGACUCAGACCCGGAAACGAAUUUGGGGCCGCCAGGCCUGUUAGCCUUCCAGACAGCGACGAAGAGGACAACGAGGAUACAAAAGACCCGGACUUGUCGCAUUUUGCCACUGAAGACGCUGCAUACUAUGAAGACGAUGAGGAAGGUAACGAUGAUGUAGUCGACAUCGGGAUUGCAAUGGGUAGAAUUCGAAUAACAGACAGGAUUGGCGGCCUUGUUCGUCCUAGGCUUUCUGAAGAGCUUGCCCAGAUACUCAAGGAAAUUCCCCAGUACGAAAAUCCUCGGCCAAACUCGGGUUUGAAGCAGUCCCCCAUGAGCUGGGUAGCCCCAAGUCGAGACUAUGUUGCUCCCUCGUCGGGAUUCUUUUUUGCUCCAGGCAUUGAGCGCAAAUCAUUGAUGAAUUACCUGCCGUCAAAAGCUUUGGCCGACAAGCUUAUUGCACACUACUGGGAAGCCGUGCAUGUUAUUGCCCGGACCGUUCAUCGUCCCUCAUUUGAAAGGCAAUACGACCGUUUCUGGAUGAACAUCACUGCAGGUGUUGAGCCUCGCACCUCAUUCCAGGCCGUUGUCUUCGCGGCUUUACUCAGUGCAAUCAUUUCCAUGUCAGAAGGUAAAGUACUGACCGAGUUUGGUGUCAACAAGCAAAACCUGGUGGACAAUUUCAGAGAAGGGACUGAAGCAGCACUCGGCAGGGCUAACUUAUUGCGCACUACAAAGCUGGAGACGCUCCAAGCGUUUGUAAUGUAUCUAAUUCCUCUCUGCCGUAUCGAGGUUUCUCGUGCACACUCAGCCUUGACCGGAACCUGCAUUCGCUUGGCUGAAUGCAUGGGUCUUCACCGCGAUCCUACUACAUACAGCACCUCGCCCAUUGAGAUCCAAGUCCGCCGCCUCAUCUGGUUCCAGAUUUGUUUCCUUGACAUUCGGACAUGUGAGGCUACAGGACCACGUCCGCAAAUUCGGCCCGACGACUACGACACACAAUUUCCAUUGAACAUUGACGACAUUGAUCUCGAUCGCGCAGAGAGUGGAGAUGAAGAGGUCAACGUCCAGGAGGAUAGGCCGUACUUUACCGACAUGACCAUCAGUCGUAUGCGAUUUGAGUGCUACGAGAUGCAUAGAUUUCUAUGGAAUCAACGACCGAAAUUAGAGAAGAUAAAAGUUCGUGGUGAUCGCAAGGUUACCAUCACUUCACUCCUCUCACGAAUCCAGCAAUUCAGAGCCUCGAUGGAGAAGACCUAUCUCCCAAUGCUUAGCAAGUCCGUACCGCUGCACGCUCUCGCAUCUGAAAUGUACGGUAUUGCCUCAAACAGACUAUACAUAAACAUUCUACAGAAGUAUACGAGCAGCGAUCGACACAAAAUGCCUGAUCGCUUACGUCAGGUCAUGCUGAGUGCGGCAGUAAUGAUCCUCGAACACAGUAUGGCCAUCGAGCAACCUGCUUUGGCGACUUGGUCUUGGUAUGUCGGCGCCUUGCAUCAGUUUCAAGUCGCAAUUCUCAUAACAAAUGAGUGGUAUGCUGGGAAGCGCGAGCCGGGUAUGGAACAGCGCAUCUGGAAGGUCUUGGACUUUGCGUUCGACAUUCCGAGCGGUAUGUCGAGUAACGAUAAAAUCAGGAUGAUCAUGGAAGACAUGGUAGGGAAAACUCAAAUCUACGCAAGCAUGAAGAGAUGGAGAGCCCCGAUUGCCAUGCCGCUACCAGGACCAAGGAAACACACUCCAGGCUGGCAAGCCAGGCAGAGAGAGGGAAGGGAGGACAGGAGACGUAGUGAGAAUCUGCAGUCUUCAGGGAGCGGUAGUGACAAUACUAGAACAAGUGCGAAUGAAAGUUCGUCUGAGCAACAGAUGUCGCCACAGCAGCAGUCACAUAAUCAGCAGUACUAUCAGUAUCAGCAACAUCCGCAACGCCAACAUCAGCAGCCACCAGGCCAGACACUUGCCUUUCCAGGAGCGAUGCCUGUAGUGGAGUGGGGCACCUUCGAUAUGCCAACAUCAACAACAAACUUCCAACCACCCACGUCUGGUCCAGAAUUUGGCGGUUAUGCACCUACAACGUCCGCGGCGAAUCUGAUGCCAAACCCCAACUCAAGUCCGUACCAAGGAGGAAACACCAACAGUCCCGGAACAGCCAUGCCUGGAGCUGGCCCUGUAGAUGCCCUCAACGACAUUGACCUAAAUGAAGUCGAGCAGCUUUUUGGCACGGCCGAAAUGGGUGCGGGAAAUAUGCUGAUUCCACCGUACUCAUUCCCUCCCUUCUCGCACAAUGAUCUUCAAUGGUCGGUGCAGGAGCGGCUGUCAUAGACUGGCUUUUGGCGAUCAAGCAUGGUUUUGAUAGUUGGGAGCUAGAACGGAUCAGUGUGAUCUGGAAGAGAAGGCCGUACAUAUUCUGCUUAUGGUAGACGUCUUUCGAGGCGUUGAGAAUGUGUUCGGAUGGCUGGAUCUGGUUGUGAAGCAUACGAGCGAGGUGUGCGCUUCUUCAAUGACUUAUCUGGCCAGUCAAACGAGUCUGUUGAACGAGCGAAUGCACAUUACAAUAGCCAAGUCAAAGAUUUAUUCAAUCUAUUCAG